UGUAAACAUAUUCUUGAAUCAAUUACAGGAAAUUAUGUGGAAAUUUCUAUUUUCCGAGUGACUUUUGGAAGUAGGUCAAAGUUCAUCCUGUAUGAAGACUGUUCUCAAUCGUGAUUGGUCGAUGAUUUAUUUUAACUUCCGGUUUCCAAACAUGUCAAAACUUAUCGCAUGUUUUUGUUUAUAAUGAUGUAACUUACCUAAAAAUGCGUAUAUUAACUCGGGUAUUUCGACAGAGCAGUCUUUGUACGACAGACAUAAAGGUUCAAAAACGACAGAUGAACAUGAUUUGGACCACAUGCUCCAGCUGGAUUGAAAGAAUUUCCUCUUUGGUACAACCAAAACAGAAAACAUUCACAGUAUCAGUGGAAGGUAACAUAGGCAGUGGCAAGACAUCAUUCCUUAGAUAUAUACAGGCAAACCACGACAAUAUCACUGAGGUAACUGAGGAGCCAACUGAUAGGUGGAGGAAUAUACAGGGGCAUAAUGCACUGGCUCUGAUGUAUGAGGACCCCGCACGGUGGAGCCUGACAUUCCAGACAUAUGUUCAGCUGACCAUGUUACAGUCUCAUAUGGCUCCACAGAAGAAACCUAUCAAAAUGAUGGAGCGAUCCAUACAUUCUGCUAAACAAUGCUUUGUAGAGAAUUUACACAAUAAUGGCACAAUGCCUGACAUUGAGUAUAUUGUAUUGAGUGAGUGGUAUGAUUACAUCUGUGCACAUGACAAGGUGGAUGUUGACAUUAUUGUUUACCUCAAGACCAGGCCAGAAGUUGUCCUGGAACGCAUCAAGAAAAGACAUAGAAAUGAAGAACAAACUAUUCCACUGGAAUACCUUGAGCAGCUCCAUAAGCUUCAUGAAGACUGGCUGGGGCACCAACCCAAUGUAUUGACAUUGGAUGCAAAUUGUGAUCUUAUUGAAAUGAAGACAGAAAUAGACAAGCACAUAAAAACAAUACUUUGCGGUCUAGUCACUUCCAAACAAAGUCACUCAUCAUCUGUGGACAGUGAGCACCUUCUGCCUGUCAGAAAUGGUUUCAAACCCCAUACAGCAUUAACAAAUGAUGGCAAUCUUAAGUCUUCAGCUCAUUUAAAAGCCACAACAGGAGUUCUGAAGCAAGGGGAUUGAAAAAGAACUUCUACUAAACAUCACAGCUUCAAAAUGAUACAGUGGGGGCAUAAGUCAGUGAGAAUGCAUCAUUUGCUGUGAAAUAUAAUUUAUUGCUGUGCUAUGAUGAUGUAACAUGUGUACCACAGCUGGAGGCUGGAAGCUGGAAGGAGAUCUUAGUUAAAUGAUUGGAGUACAAAAUAUGUAUAUCCAAAACGCUAAUUUAUUACAGGGUGCACCUCAGACAAUGAUGAUCUCCAAAGAUUUCACCAAAGACAUGGUUUGGAAACCUAACAUUUAUAUACUUGACAGUGUACACUAGUCACUUAAGUAAUUUUAGUACUUCUUUUAGUAAGUUCUUUAGCAAACCCAAAUCAUACAGAAGUGGCGAUUGCUUUGAAUAUUUGCAAUCCAUGUUACAGCUUAUAACUUAUAUUUCAGAUACAUUUUUAGUAAAUUCAUGCAAUCCUAGGGUUUUGAAGGACCCCUAAGAUUUAUCAAAAUUAUCAAAACGUUGUCCAAAACUUUUCAAACUUGAGGUACAUGAAGAUUUAUUUCAGAUUUUAACCCCACUUAUACCGUUACACUAUAUUAGGUUUGAGAAUGUGAGUUCCGUACUGGUUAGUUUUUUUUGUAUUAGUCUUGGGAAAAGUUAUUUUAUAAGCUCCUCAUUUAGCUGUUCUCUGUUACUCUAGUAUUGUAUUUUUUGUUGGAAUUAUUAUUCAUCUCUAAUAUUGAUUGCCAUGGAGGGAAGACAAGUCUUGUAUCAGAUAUCCCACAAUGUAUCAUGGCAACGAAAUGAAACUUAUAUUUUUCUUAAUUAUACUUCUUACUAUAUUGUCUAUUCUACUGAUCAUAUGCAGUAGACAGUCAUGUGCAAUUUAAACUUUGAUACAUUUUAAAACUUAACAUGUAUGGUAUACAUGUAGUUCAAUGUUGUGCUUUGUUUAGAAAUAAACAUAUUAACUAUUGUACUUUGUAACAUUGAUUUGUAUUUAUUUCGGACAUGCAUGGAUGGUUUAAACGAAAACGAAAAAAUCCUAAAAUAUUUGGUCAUAUA